AUGGGCAACACAAACAGCUCCCAUAAGAUCUCGGCCCAAGACCGAGCGAUUCUAGAUCUUAAAAACCAGCGGGACAAGCUGCAACAGUAUCAGACGCGGAUCAGGGACCUCACGGACCGGGAGACAGCAAUCGCUAAACAAUGUCUCGCUCGCAAUGAUCGCAAGCGGGCUCUCCUCGCCCUGCGCCGCAAGAAAUACCAGGAGUCUCUCCUCUCGAAGACCGACGCACAGCUGGAGCAGUUGGAACAGUUGACUAGCCAGGUCGAGUUCUCCCUGGUCCAGAAAGACGUCCUCUUCGGUCUCCGCCAGGGAACCCAGGUGCUGCAGACAAUCCACAAGGAGAUGGGCGGUAUCAAGGGAGUGGAGCAAAUGAUGGGCGAGACAGAGGAGGCCAGGGCGUAUCAGGAAGAAAUCAGCCAAAUGCUCGCAGGUCAUCUGUCAAACCAAGACGAGGACGAAGUCGAGGACGAGCUGGCGGUCUUGCAGCGCGAGGUCCAGAAGGAUGUCGAGCUACCCAACGCGCCAACGGACUUGCCUUCCAAACCUGCUGUGGCCGAAUCCGAGGAGACGGAGGAACAACCGAAAGCCAAGACAAGAGAGCGGACCGCGAUUCCUGCUUGA